AUGAAUUAGAUAAUACUUCACCAUGGAAAAAACUCUAAAGAAACUAGAGCUUCAACUGCUGAGGUCUCAAUCAGACAACAAACCAGUAGUUGUAAUGACAUGCGGUAUUGCUGGCUCUGGCAAAUCAACACUUUCUAAAGCCAUAUUAGCGAACUACCCAAACUACGAACGUUUGUCAAUCGACGCUACACUUGCCGCCAAGCACGGGAUAUACGGAGUGGAUUAUCCAGACGAGAAGUACGAAGAAUUUCAAGAUGAGGCUGAAGCUGAGUGUGAUGUUAGACUGAUCAGUCUACUCGAUGAAGGGAAAAAGGAUGUAGUACUAGAUCGAUCUCUCUACAGCAAGGAAGAUCGAGAAAAGUACAAGAAGAUUGUCGAAGCUCACGGCGGCAGAUGGGUGUUAGUCUACUUCAAUGCGAAGGACAAAGACUUCAUAUGGAAUAGGAUUGUGACUAGGAGACAACAAGGUGUCAAUGCUGACUCAGCAUUGGUUAUUACGAAGGAAAUCCUUGAUAGAUACUGGGAUGGGUUCGACGUACCACUAGACGAAGGUGAAAUUAUCAUAGAGGUUGGUUGAAUUUUCUAAGUAUCAAAGCUACCUGCCAUUACCUAGAGGUAGACCAGGAGGGGAGAUCAAAUGAAUAUGACUAAGUUCUGUUACACCAACAUCUCAAAGUCAUAUAGUUACUGAUAUUAUAGAUGAAUAUUUAUAGAAAUCCC